GUUGCAAAAUUAAAUUCACUUUUUAUAAAUUUUCAUUGUUAGAAGUAUUAAAGAUAUUUUUAUUUGUGUUAAAGCUGUUGAGAAGGUUUAAAAUUGUAAAAUUCUAGUUUAAUCAAGUAAAUAACUGAAAAACAAUAAUGACCAAUAACUCGGCGGUGGAGAAACAUGAUUUUGCAGCUGCAGCAGCUUCAAAUUUUGAUGAACUUGCGUUAAAUGACACCGGUUAUUGUAAUUUAUGUGGAGAAAAAGCCGAAAGCAAAUGUGACCGGUGUGGUGAUUUUUAUUGUUCCGAAUUUUGUCAGCGCAGAGAUUGGCAAAAUCAUCGUUAUAUAUGUUUUCCCAUGCCGAAAUUAGUUAAAACUAGACGACAAUGCUCGUCUUCAAAAACGGAAAUUGCCAGAGAGGAAUCUCAACCUCAAACUAUCGUAAAUAAUGAACUCAAAGUUCAGCAGAACAGUAAUUUGCCCCCACACGGUAGUUGUGUACUGUUGACAGGAUUUAAGUCAUCUAAUCGCUGUUUUAUUCGCUCUACUAAUCCUUCCACUCUAGCAGAAAAUAAAAGAGUUUUAAAUGAAAUACAUGAAUUUGGAAAAAAAUCUGGUGCAUUUUCUGAGAAUCCCAAAACUAAUGCUUAUGCUCUGGCGCUAAAAGAAGACAAAUGGUGUAGAGUGCAAAUCUUGGGAGGUCGUAAAGAAAAUUAUUACCGCAUACGUUUCAUGGAUUUUGGGGAAAUAAGUAAACGUUACUUAAAAGAUUUGCGCAGAGUUUCACGGGCAAUUAUAAAUCUGCCAUGUUUCAACAGCGUGGUACAACUUAAGGAUAUUGUUAAUUUCUCAAGUGAUUUAAAAUUGUUGGAAUCAUUAACCAAAUACACGAAUAUGGAAUAUAGAGUGGAAUUUGUUGAACCAGAUGAAGCUGGUGGUAAUGUUAAACUAUAUAACUGGCAAAAUAAUACAUUAUUAAAUUCUUUGAUUUUGGAAUCAAUGAGUAAUCUAAAAAGUGAUAAAGAUAUGGAACUUGUCUCAACUACCUCAUCAUUAUCAAACAGCAAUGAAGUGCAAAAUAACGGAUUUGAGAAACCGGUCAUGAAUGGAAACUCGAAUAAAAAGGAUAGUGAAAAGAAUUCAUCUACAGCAGAAAAUAACACAGAAUCGGUUGUAAGCCACAGUAUUGUAAAUCCUGCAGCAAAGAAGAAACCUGCGGUUUCACCUCGUCAAAUUCAAAUGCAUAAGCCGUGUCUACAACCUCCAUUUGAAAUUAUUCCCCUAAAUGAAAAGGAUCGGAACUGCAAAAUAAUAAUUGUAGACGACAGUUAUACUGGAAGUGGUUAUAUUGGCUGUUUAUUGAAUAAAAAUUGUGAAAACUUGAAUGAUAUAUCAAAGUUUUUGCAAGAGUAUAAAGUCAGUGACCAAUCAUACAAACCGAAGAUAAAUGAAUAUUGCUUAGCAAUGUUUGAAAACGACUGGUACAGGGCAAAGGUAGUGGAAAUAAUUUCAGAAGAUAAAUUUCUGGUGGUUUAUAUUGACUUUACCAACGAAAUGGAAUUACCAAGUAAAUUAAUACGACGUUAUCCCAUGUCGUUAACUUUGCCUUGCUAUACAACUCUUUGUGCCCUUGAUGGUUUACCAGAGGAUAUAUCGGAUGAACUUAAAGAUUUCCUGGAGCAGAACUGCAAAUCUUUUACACAUCUCAACAUUGAAAAUAUUCGAUCAGUAGAUGGUGUCUGUUAUGUCGAAUCUAAAGAAUUGUUAAAUAAAAUGCGCAAUGCCAAGCUUUUAUAAUUUACUGGUUAGUUUAAUAUUAGUUUGCAUCCAAAUUUUUAUUGCAUCCAAUACCAUAAGCUAUUUUUUAAUUUUUAUAAAAAAACAUAUGACAUGUUUUAUACCGUUCCAUAUAAAAUAUUGUUUAAUCCUAUUCAUUCUAAUCUGUUUUAUUAUUAAGACAAAUGUGUAUACUCUCAUAUUAAGGUCAGAUAUACAAUAUCACGACUUGACUAGAUUUGUCAAAAAAAUAUUUUUUUAUGCUAAUUGUAAACUUCUAAGCAAAUAAAAAACUCAUUUAUAUGAAUAUAGCUUUAAAUGCGAAAA